GUUACUAUGAAGAUCUCUUCGGGUGGGAAGAAUACCUUGCAUGUAGACUUACCCGCACUUUCUUCUCAAUCGCACUGAGUGGUGCUGCAGCGAGAGUUGCACUCGCCAGCCCGAGGAGGGCAUAAAGCGCGCUGAGCUUCACCAUGAUCAGACGGCGGAAUGGUAUUUUCAAGCUCCUGGAGGCUCAAUUGAGAUUCCUUCGUUCUCCUACAAUUUGUCAAUAUACGUUGCGCUCAAACCCCCACUUCAUCUUCACGAUAUAUCCAUCGCAUCAUAGCGACAAGCUGGGAAUGUACUGUAGCUCUUUGUCCAAACUCACCUCGGUAGCUCACGGCUUAUUCUCAAGCCCUUUGUCACUCCGUCCUGUAUAUCCCAAGAAAUCCACGGCACCACGGGCUUUUAUAGAAAGUCAGGAUAAAGUCCCGGCUCCCUCCCGCAAUACAGCGAGGCCAAGAUGUAUUACGGAGCAUGGCCUAUCGCCAGCGGUGACCUUCUGUUUUCAGCAUGGACCGGGUUUGUAACAUAUGUAAUCUGGUCCCUGGAUGCCCGAUAGCUCAGGGCCAGUUGUGGAGCUUGCCCGCACUCCCUUGUUAGAACGACCGGUUUAAUCGUGG